AUGCCGCGCGCAAAUGAAAAAGAUAAAAUUGUAGCAGUUUUGUGCCAAAAUCACAUGCUUAAUUUACUAGAUUUAAGUUCGAGCGAAGAGGAAGAUGAAACGAUAGAAAAUUUCCAUACAUACAUGCUAUGUGUGCUAAACAAUCGCAGGGGUGUUCACCUGGGCCUUCCAAAGUCAUCCAAAUGGGAGCAAACGGUGCUCAGAAAGUUCGACGAUAACAGGUUCAAUCAAAUGGUUAGGGUCCGUCCCGAGGAGUCGUGUUAUAUUUUGAACUUAAUAAAGCAUGACGAAGUUUUUAACACAAAUUCAAGUGAAGCACAGCUUCCAAUAGAAUUGCAGCUCAAAAUUGUCCUAUACCGAUUAGGAUCCUCCGGUGAUGGCAAUCUCUACGUAAAGUAGCUUCCCUUUUUGGUGUUGGUGAUGGGGGCACUAUCUACAAUGUGA